AUGGGAGACGGGCAAUCACAAGACGACAAUGGGAUCCACACCGAGGUCUGGUGGAAAGCGAGUGUGAGAGAGGAGAGCUGGAAGAAGCCGGGCAGGAAGGAGGGCAGGAGGGCUUCUAGUCCGGGCGGUGGUCACUCUGGCCAGCCUCAGGAGUUGAUCCCCCGUUGCGUUGCCAGCCAGUCUGCUGGUCGCCUGAGCCUCCAGGCCGCGAUCGUCUGA